AUGACUAUUCAAAUCAAGCUUUCCGUUUGGAUUAAGGAAAAAUGGAGAAAAGCUAUUCAGCUUGAGAAGAAAAUAAAAGCUCGCCGUGAACUUCGUCAACAGCGGGGAUACGAUGCAAAUGACCACCGACAGAAAGAUUCUGAACGAACUAGGGGCAGAUCAUCCUUAAAGAGCAAAGAAAGCUAUAGAGAGAGGGUGCGCAAACACGAGGAAUUUCUCACCGAAAAGAAUAUGUCCAAAGGCUAUAAGUUUGGAGAAGGGUAUCCAGCUCCAACACUUAAGGAACCCAAAGAGUUUAUCCGCUGGCUUAUUGAGUUUACAGAAGGCAGACUUGCCUUUAAUGGACGACCAACUAUGCUCACAAUUAAAGUACGGGCCCAAGAGUUCAUCCUGGGCUUCUUCCUGAAAACUGGAAACGGGAUUCCUUCUCAUGAUGCAACUGACCUCUACUAUUGGAUCAAAAAUGAGUUGGUCGAAGAGGAAGUACUCUCAGCUGCCACUGAUGACCCGUUCUUUAUGUCUGGGAGGUACCGUGUCCAGUUUCAUUUUAUCACUCUUCAAUUUCUUUGCACAGGUGCUAGAGUGUCCUCUUUCACGCCUGCAUCAGUUGAUAAAGUUGGACAAGGGCUCCAUUACAAGGUAAGACUAAUGAAAUGA